ACGCGGCUGCCAGAUUCGUGGGCUGUUUCCGGUCGGGACCUCCCAAUUUUUAUAUCUUACUCAGCAUCAUGGCAGACGAAGCAGAAUUGUCUAAAUCCUUUUUGUGGAGUGUAAAAAAUGGAGACAUUUCAGAAGUGAAAACUCUCAUGGCCAAAGAGAAAUCUCUUGGCACAAAGGAAAUAGCAGGAAGGAGCCCGAUCCAUUUUGCUGCAGAUUAUGGCCAAACAGCUGUUGUGGAAUAUCUAGUGGCUAAUGGGGCUGGUAUAAAUAUUGAGGACCAAUACGGUAUCACCCCAUUGCUAUCUGCCAUCUUUGAAGGUCACAAAGAAACUGUUGCACUCCUGUUGAAAAAAGGCGCAAACAAGAAUGGAAAGUCGCCUGACGGGAGGCCAUAUCUGGACUGUGCAGAAACAGAUGAGAUGAAGUCUCUUCUAAGCAAGGCUUAGAUGAGGAAUAUUUAAUGUUUGACCACAAUCUUUGUCCAACAGCAGACCAAGUUUACAGAUUAUUUCCUACAACUCCCCAGUAUUUACGCAGUGCGUUAACAGAGGAGGUGUGACGACAUGACCUGUAUUUGUCGGAGCUGUCUCUCGGUUACAUGUCCAUAUGAUGAAUGAGUAGAAACCAACGUUUCCUUAGCUACAAAGUGCUAUCGGAGUUAUCUUUAAUGUUGUACACCUCUCUGUAAGAACAUUUGUUGACAAUAUAUAUGGGACCAUUGUUUGAACUAUCAAAACCUGAUAUUUAUGAGAUACUUUUCAUUAAGAUACAUGAUUAAAUGUAUUUGUUAUGAACAGAGAAUUGGUAUGUCAACUUUGUAAAGGAGUGUUUCACUUCUCCUUUUCUAAUGGGUUAAACAGGCUUUUGGGUAGCCUAGUGGUUAAAGCGUCGCUUGUUUUCGGGGAUGGCAGAGUUCUUUCCCAACAUGGGUACAAUGUGUGGAGCCUAUUUCUGGUGUCCCCCACCGUGAUAUUGCUGGAAUGUUGCUAGAAGCUGCAUGAAACAUACUCUCCUGGGUUCCAUACUUUUGUGUUAAUGCUCGUUGUUGCCUUCCACGUCCUCAAUAGUUUUUGACCAUGGAAUGGAACUAAAACAUUUUCCAUCAAUGUGAAGAACAAAACACUGAAUUGUAGUGUACAAAAUCAUGUAUCAUGUUUAUAUAAAUCAUCAACCAUUGUUUUUAAAUAUACUGAGCUGAUUAAUCGUUGGCUGAAAUAAUGAGUCUGUCUGUAACAUGGCGGUCACAUGAUCACCAACCAUUGGACCACGGGAUGUAAAACUGGGAAGAGCAUCACUUCUCUUUAAAACACCUGACAUCCUUGUAAUCCGAAAAUAUCGAAAAGAAAAUGUAAAUUUUUGAUAUUGCCCAAUUUUAAAACUCUUAUAUUUAGAACCAAUUGUGUUCUAAUAUUAUUUUGUUUUGUGAUGAUUAUGUAUCUUUAGUAUAAGUAACAACGAGCAUGAAACACCAGGGGCUUGGGUCAGUUGUGGUUCUUGUCUUACAUUGUAGUGACUAAAGGAAGAAUGUUUUGAGAAACCCUUUUAUUUGGUUAAAAGUUGACUGUUGUGUCGGGGGUCGUAACCUGCUGGUUUCAGCAUUUGCUUGUCAAGAUGAAAGAAGGCUAUUCAAGGCGUCUCCAAACAUAGUUCUGCUUGAAUAUUGCUAAAAGCAGUAUAUAAACAUACUCACUAGUUUGACCUGGAACUUAUUUCCUUGCUGAUUAACUGUUUAAGGGUAUAGAGUAUCCGAAAUGUCGUCACACCUCUCUAUAAUAAGAUUCCUGGCUUGGUGCUUAUGGGAUAUUCCAAGUUUCUGAACAGUUUAUCUGUUUCAGAACAUAUUGUCUCGAAGGAGGAGUGCUCACAAACAAUAUUUUAUUGCAGUUUUCAUCUGAAUGAUGAUAUUCUUUUUACACUUGUCUGUUUGUAAAAAAUCAUCAAAUUGGAAAAAAAUGUUUAGCAAGUUAAAGCUGAUAGAAUUUUCAAUGGUUGUUAGAUUAUCCUUGUUUGUUUAUUUUCCGUACAAAGCUGCUUAUUUGUUGAUGUCAAGAUUGGGCUAUUUCGUCUGCAUUUUCUGAACAUACUUAAUAUGAAUAGGACCAUGAUUAAAAAGUAUUUGUUUUGAUGAAUGAUAUUUUUUAUAUGCUUGAAUGGUUUAAUAAAUUCAUUACUUGCUUAUGAUUAGAACAUGCUUUGCCUUGAAGAAACUGUGAUGAUGCUUACUCCAAAGCUGAUCUCGGUAUAAUCAUCUGGUAACAAGAAACGUAUUUCAUGUAUCAGGAGCCAAGGAAAUAUUCAUAUGUAUUCAAAGACGGGCAUUUUUAAAGACAUAUUUGAGAUUUGUUUUUGAAAACAUGGUGCAGGGUGCUUAGUGGCGAAGGGCACUUUCGUUCGUGCCAUGCAAUUGAAUCAUGUUUAUUAUUUUGUUUGAUUGUUGACAUGACUUCUUGACUAAUGUGAACAACUACAUUGGAUUGCCUAUUCUUUCUGUAACUCAAACUGGUUAAAUAAAAAAAAUCAAUAAAAUGUUUUCUGAACAAAAAUGGACAAUAGAUGGUAUUGACUCGUUUCUUUGUAUGAUUUGAUGUCUUAAAAGUAAUGUAAUGCAACGAAUUAAUAAAAUAUUGAUCUGAUUUGAUAUUCAAUUGACAAUAUAUACUAUGAGCAUUUUUGUAUUAUAAGAAUCUUGGUAUAUAAUUAUCCGCAUGGUACAGGGUUCUUUAGCUGCUUGUGUUUUUUGUUGCUAAUGUUAACAUCCGAUUAACCAGCCCUGCUACUAAAAUAACUAUCUAGAUGCUUCUUGACAUGACACAUGCUCUGAAGUAGCGAUCAUUGGCAUUAAUCACAAAUUAGGCCAGACCCCUUUUCCUUGUUUUUCGGAUAUUUGAGAAUGUCAAAUAUAAGAUUCUGAAGAGCCAGCAAGACCAAGAUGGUUAAUUGGACACCAUCACUUUAAAAACAUCACAUUUGAAAUUAAUGUAACAUGUCAGGACAUAAUUUUGAAAAGACCUCUUUUUGCAAAGGUUGAUUUCCUCAAAAUAGGCCAUUAAUCAAAGUUCAUGACAUCUAUAACAAGGAGAUAUUUGAAAUAAGCAUUUCCCACAUACAGUUACAUGUACUUUCAAUAGAACUUGGGCGUGUUCUCUUUUUGGUUUUGCAACAGCAACAACAUGCUAGGUCCUUAUAAGAGUCUCAUCUUCCUCUUCCUCUUACGGGGCAGUGGGGUAGCUUAGUGGUUAAUGCGUUUACUCGUCACGCCGAACGCCCAGGUACAAUUCCCCACAUGGGUGCAAUGUGUGAAGCCCAUGUCUGGUGGCCCCUGCCAUGAUAUUGAGGGAAAAUUGUUCAAAGGAACAUAAAGCCAUCUCGUUCCCACUCUUCCCCUUGUGAUGUCAUCAUCUGAUUUUGUAUGAAAUGUCACUGUCUUACACUUCCAUGUGUGGAGGAUAUUUCUGCCCAGUUAGUACUGCGACACAUUUUUCUUUUGUUUUAGGUUGGAUUUAUCGAAAUGAUGCUGUGUUUUCUAUUCAGAAACAGUUUGUGUGAGAAUGAGUCUUAUUUUGUAGACUUGUCACAACACAUGCUUUAGAUAUUUUUCUACCCAUUCUUGGUAGGAUAUUUUUCUGUUGUCUAGUGGAAAAUAAAUCCAGAUUCUUA